AGAAAAAGAACUACGGCAUGAAGAAGAAAGGAAAAGAAGACGAAAAGAGAAGGAGCAACGGAGGGAAGAGCGUAAGCGGAGGGAGGAGCUGAAGGAGGCGGAACGAGAAAAGAGGCGAAAGGAGAAGGAGGAAAGGCGCGAGAGGAAAAGGAAGGAAAAAGAGGAACGACGUGAAAAGAGGCGGCAGGAGGAAGAGGAGCGGCGUGAACGGAAACGACAGGAAGAGGAGGAAAAACGCGAAGCGGAAAUGAAGGCAGAAGAGGAAAAACAGUUAAAGAAACAACGCGAAUCGGAUCGUUUUCGCUCAUUUUUCGACAUC